UAUAUGCCAAUAUUGAAGCACGAAGCGUGAAAUCUGAAAAAACGCAAUCUGAACGGAUUUCGCUCGGUUUGAGACCAGUUCGCUUUUGAGCUGUGAAGUGAUCAGCUAUUGUGCUAAUACUGAGAACACCAACCGAGCUAAGGCCAACACAUAUAUAAUCACACCUCCACAGCAGUAACAACAUCGACACCGAUAUCAAUAGCAAGGUGCAAGGAAUAUGUUUGAUGCGCUUCUCUUCAUCUUUUUCUGGUUGCUUCUCAAACACACCAUCAAGCUUAUAGGCAGCGACAACGUUUCUUCGUUUUUAAACUACUACUAUUUGCUAAUAUUCAGGAAAAAUGCUGAUUUCAACGAGUUACAUUCUAUGAGAGCCAAUCUCAAACAUAUUCACCACGAAAAAUUGAAAAUAAGUGCUCAAGACCAAUAUGCAAAAUGGACAAAACUCGACAGAAACUUCAACAAAAUGAAAACAGACAUUAAUAACCUUGAAAAAAAACUAAUCACACAAAACGAAAAAACUAUAAAGCGAUUCAAUUCAAUUAUAAGCUGGUCAAUUGCCAUUCCUCUUUGGUAUUUAAGAUGGUUUUACUCAAAUGACAAUCUUUAUUGGUUGCCCAAUGGAAUUUUCCCCAAGCCCAUCGAGUUCUGGUUAGCUUUGCCCCGAAACCCUUAUGGUUCUAUCAGUCUAGCCUGUUGGAUCUUUCUAAUUGGCAAUUUCAUGAACACCCUUGAGUCGAUCUUGUUCAAUUUGUUUCUUGCUAAAAAAGUGGAAAACCCAGCUCUCAAUCCCAAGAUUUCUCCUCUCACCGAGAACGAGAACAGCCAUGAAAAAACCCAUUAGUCUGGCUAGCUGCCUCCAAUUCUAAGUAUACCAUAGUCUAUAUACUCCAUCGACAAGAAGCUCACCUUUCUUCUUUCUCUUCUCUUUCUUCUCUUCCCUCUCUUCCCCCUCUUAAAAACCACCUCCUUCACGGCAGGGUAA